UUGGAAAUGUCCUGACUUUUGAGCCACAUACAGUGUCUUAACAAUCAAUGCAUCUUCUCUUCUCUCCAAAACUUUCUUCUACUCAUGCCCAUCCCCAUACACAUUCCAGUCAACCCCAUCUCUCAGUCUCCUCCAAAGACCUAACAAAUACCUUGAAACACAAAACAGAGUUAUUCAUCAUCCAUAGAAAACAAAGACAAAGAUGAUGAAACCAGAGACAGUAACAUUGGUACUGGUAAAUCUAGCAGGUAUUAUGGAGAGAGCUGAUGAGUCAUUGUUACCAGGAGUAUACAAAGAGAUUGGUGAUGAACUCAACGCUGACCCAACUGCGUUAGGUUCUCUCACUCUUUUCCGAUCCCUGGUUCAAGCAUUCUGUUACCCUCUUGCUGCUUACCUUGCCACACGACACAAUCGUGCACAUGUCAUUGCUCUUGGUGCUUUUCUUUGGGCUGCCGCUACAUUCCUCGUUGCUGUCUCCUCCACCUUCUUGCAGGUUGCAAUUUCAAGAGCUUUCAAUGGGAUUGGACUAGCCAUCGUUAUUCCAGCAAUCCAGUCCCUAAUUGCCGACUCCACAAUUGAUAGCAACCGUGGUGUAGCUUUUGGGUGGCUUCAUCUAACAGGAAACCUCGGAAGCAUCAUUGGUUCUCUCUUUGCAGUACUACUAGCCUCAACAUCAAUCUUUGGUAUAUCUGGUUGGAGAAUAGCUUUUCACAUUGUUGCAUUGGUGAGUGUCAUAGUUGGUAUAUUAGUACGCAUCUUUGCUAAUGAUCCACACUUUCCAAAAGACAACAAAAUUACUACAUCAUAUCAAACUCCAAACAAGUCCUUUUAUUCAGAAAUGAAAGAUCUAAUAACAGAAGCAAAAACAGUCAUAAAAGUUCCAUCAUUUCAGAUAAUUGUAGCUCAGGGAGUAUUUGGAUCGUUUCGAGGGUCAAGUUUAUCAUUUUUCACUCUUUGGUUAGAACUAAUAGGCUUCUCACAUGGUACAACAGCAAUUAUUUGGACAGUAUUUAUAAUUUCUAAUUCAUUUGGUGGUCUAUUUGGAGGAUGGUUUGGGGAUUUUUUAUCUCAACGGUUACCAAACACCGGAAGAAUAAUGUUGGCACAAAUAAGUGCGGGUUCAACCAUUCCUUUAGCAGCAAUUUUGUUGUUAUUAUUGCCUAAUGAUCCAUCCACGCCCUUCGUACAUGGUUUGGUUUUAGUCAUUUUGGGAUUAAUUACUUUCUGGUGUGCACCAGCAACUAAUGAUCCAAUAUUUGCAGAAAUAGUCCCUGAGAAAUCGCGAGCGGCUAUAUAUGCUUUGGAUCGAUCUUUUGAGAGUACAUUGGCUUCUUUUGCUCCACCAAUUGUUGGCGUUUUAGCUCAACAUGUUUAUGGUUAUAAACCAAUUCCAAAAGGAUCUUCAAAUUCUGUGAAGAUCAUUGAAACUGAUAGAGAAAAUGCGGCAUCACUUGCUAAGGCACUUUAUAGCACAAUUGCAAUUCCAAUUGCAGUAUGUGUCUUCAUUUAUUCAUUUCUCUAUUUCACAUACCCGAGGGACAAGGAGCGAGCAAGAAUGGUUGCAUUAGUUGAAUCAGAAAUGGAACAACUAAAGGUGGAAGGAGAAGAAUAUUAUGAAACUCAUGAUAAUGAUGAGAAAGUUUUGUUGUCCCGAUAGUACAUUAGUAAACUUUUAUUUAAUCAUCUGUAAGAUUUUCCUGGCUUUGAUACCAUGAUAGCUAGUGUUUAUGAAUGAAAAGUAAAAUCUGAAUUCAUAGACUGAAUAAUAUAAACACUACAAUAUAUACAAGAUGUUUUCACUUUCAUUAUA